AUGUUGUCGAAAGAAUACACUUUUGUAUUUUGCUGCUUGUCCUUGACGUGGAUUCUACUAGUACAUGGAGCUGUAGGUAGUCAAACAUCAUGUCCAUUUCCUUCAAAGUUAAAAAACUUUUAUGAUUACAAUUGGCAGUCACGAAAUAAUGAAUGGAUAAAUACAAAAAGUAAAACAGACUAUUUUGUUUUGAGUCUGUCUUGGUCACCAACAUUUUGUUCAUCACUUCCAGACUUUGUACGCAACAAAGAAUUUCAAUGCUAUCGAAGUAAUGAUUUUGGUCUUGUCGUUCAUGGUCUUUGGCCACAAACAUAUCAAGCUUCAUCAAUUCGAGAUCAACCUCGAAACUGUCACAAUGAACAACAACUUCCACUAGCAAUUAUUAAACGCUAUUACUGUCUGAUGCCAGAUGAAGAUCUAAUGCAAGCUGAAUGGGAAAAACAUGGUUCAUGUUAUUUUAAGACAGCAACAGAUUAUUUUAAUGCCAUUGAAUAUCUUUUUAAUGAAUUGAAAACUCCUGAUAUUCGUGCUAUGAAUCAGCCAACAUCAUCAUCCAUUAAAAAUGCUUUUCUUCGAUUAAAUUCACCUCAAUUAUUUCCUUCAGCCAUUCAAGUCUACAUGGAUAAGCAAGGUCAAUUUGAUGAAAUUCGAAUCUGUUAUGAUCUUCAAUACAAUUAUAUUAGUUGUAGACAAUAA